UGGUCGACAUUCAUCAGCAGGUUCUACUUCCUCCGGACAAAGUGCUUGCUUGAGCUCCGGGAAUGAACUCCAUCAAAUUGCGACGUGAUGGGGCGACAAGCGUUUCUCAAUAGACUGGCUCUGGGCCGGUCCCCAUAUGAAGCUCCAGAGCGUCCCGAAGGAUCUACCGCAGAUUUUGCUCCCUCAGCCCAGCGAAGGAGAUCAACUUUGUAUGCGGAUGAUUAUGUCCAAGAUUACGAUGAAAGAGGUCAUCCGGUCAAUCAUGAAUCCAAAGCAUUCGGUAGAGAGCUCCGAAGAGCUAAAAAUGACAUUCUCUCUACCAUGGGAAUCGUCGUUAGUGAAGAUGGGAACACUGGUGGCCCUAGUGAACAGCAAAGAGGCGAGAUGCUGGCCGCUGAGAAUGAUUACGGAUUGGUGAUGGCUACCAUAGACCAGGUAUCGGUUUUCCUCGGCACCUGGUGGACGUCGUCACUAGCUGGCCGGAUACAAACUUUCAAAAGCUACACGCACGCUCCGUUGCUGGGCAUCAUGGGCCAUGAGCGCGCAUUCCUUGGGAUUCAUGGAUUUUAUUUCGCAGGGAUUCCGGCCUGGGCUAUGUCGACAUGCCUGUCUAUCUGCCGACAUCAUCCGCUGGAGCGUCUAAUUUCACUGAUACAAAGCCGCUUUCCUGAUGACGAUGCACUAUCCAAGAUUGUGCGAGCAUCUUUUAAUAUUCUGCAUUCUGCGUGCGUGGAUCACGGUAUCCCAUAGAGUACUGACAACUAACAUACUGUAUAGGACGAGAGGAACCUUGCUUGUUUUGGCUGUGCAGACCUACAUGUAUUCAUUAUUGCAAGCCCUUCACCUUGUGCCUUCAUCAUUAUUCCCGGCAGCUAGGUUUCUCAUCCCGUUCGGUGAAAUGGCCGCUAUCCAAUUCCCGCCCUUGCCUGCAGACUUCUCACUCCAGUCACUUGGUGGGUAUUGUUUGACCUUGGCAAAGGCGCCCUCGCUCUUACUCUAUGUUUAUAUGUACCUGCGCCCGGUCAUCGAAAUAAGGCUCUAUCGGUUAAUCCGCAGGCGGUUGCCCAAGCCUACACUAGCUGAUGAGCUUUCUAUCAAAGUGGCAUCUGACAACGACCUUAUCGACUGGAUGGUUCCAACCCUCGGACGACGGUCCGAGGAGGAAAACCGCCGGAGUAAUAUGUCUUUUGUCGAGGACGUAAUGUACGAGGUGAAUUUCCUUCGGAGAUGGGUUCUGUCCUGGUUUGGUUUCAAAUCACAACGCACAUCACCGGCAUCAGAGCAAGUCUCAGAUGCACGACGCAGGCGAGAAUGGCUCGAAUCCUUACCGUUAAGCGUGGAGCAACUGUCAAACGAAAGACAGACCAGAGCGCGACAACUACAGCUUCAAUCGACAGUUCCUCCUCCCCCAGAAGAAGUGAUCCGUGCUCAACCAGUUGCUUCUGGAACAGUCGCAGCCAACGUGAGCGACAUUAGCCGCAAUCGAGUAUUGCACCCUGAAGAAAAUCCUAUCUCUCAAUCACCCGCAGAAAUGAGUGCUGUGGAAUUCCCUAACUUGGCUCCACUAGACCAAGUCAACGCCGUGUCUCCCACCAACAACACAUCCGCCCAUGCAGACCACGCAGAGGAGAAUCACCACGAAGAUGCCUCUGAGAGUCGGCGGAAUUCACGCUCUAGCACUCUUUUUUCUCGGCCAUCAUCUCCCGCAACGUCCUCUCCAACCUCACCUCGCGUUCGAGCUUCGUUAAUUCACCAGAACUCCGAAGUUAUCACGAUGCAGCUAGAACUGUUGAACCCCCGAAAUACACCAAGCAAUGGCCAGCUUAUUACCAGAACGGCGCUUGAUACCAACCAGGCCAAUGCCAGUGGUAUACCGACUGGUCGUCGAUCAUUCUCAGAAGUUUUGGAUGCCCUUCUAGCCAACCAAGGCCAGGCCGCCAUUAUCAACCCGGACACAGUUGACAGUGAUGGGCUUUCUAACUUAACCGCCGCUGUCUCACCUGAAGCCGGACAAAGUCCACUGGUUAUUACACCCAAUCAGUUGAAUCCAAGGGCAGAGACCCCAGGGACCGGGCCGGAGCCAGUAUCAACGCUAGCCAGCAUCUUGCCUGACAGUGUGGAGGAGCCAGGCCCAGAGGACAAUCAUGAUGGAAAUCCUGGCACGGAACCCGUCCAUGAAAACGACUUCGAUUCAGAAAUAUACCCCCGGAUCUCCGACCCCAAUGUUCGCCAACAAGCAGCCGCUAGUACUACCUCCUCCAUCGCUCACCGAGUCACGAUUCUUUCUUCUCACCCUGUUGACUCUCUCGCAUCUCAUCUUGCUUUUAUGAUCACUGGCGUGCUCUUCCUCCCGCUCGAAUCCCUCUACCUGCGCUCGGUUGCUUCCGCCUAUCUAUCAUCCGUAGGAUCUCCUGCUUUGAGUUCGGAAAUUCGUGAAUUGGGUGCAUGGGGUGGCGGUGGCUCGCGAACUGAUAUUGCUGCCUAUAUGGGCAAAAUGGCCCUGAUGGUCGGCAUGCAAGCCGCUGUGAGUGCCAGUGUUUGGGGCAUCGUUUCCGGCGCCGCUAUCAGAGUUGGCAGGAAGUUUUGUGGCUGGGGCACUCUAUGAAUCUUGUAUAGUAUACCUCGCAACUGUGGGAACAUUGAUUCAAUUUCAACUUAGUCGAAAGAACU